AUGCCAGGUGUCCCCCCAGAUGCGCUCAACCAGCUGAAGAAGGGCUUGAGGAACUUCCUUGGCCGUCUCAAGAACAAGAAGCAGAACCAGGAAGCUACUGCACCUACCACGACUGCCCCCGAGGACAAGAAGACAGAAGAGACGCCUGCAGCUCCAGCUCCAGGUGCUGCUCCAGCCCCAGCCCCUACUGAAGGAACUGCUGCUCAGCAGACUCCAGCACCAGAGGUCACCAAGGCCCCUGAGACUGCCCCCCCAGAGUCAAAGCCAGAGGGAGCCCAGGAGGAACCCUCAACAACUGAAGAUGCAAACAAGGACAAGGUCACCCCUGAGACACCGGCACCAGAGCCUGCAUCGACUGCACCUGCACCAGCUACCACUGAGGCCGAGGUAGAGAAGAAGGCGGUAGAGACUCCGGCUGCCCCUGAUACUACCACCACCGCCCCAGCUCCAGCCCCAGCUCCGGCUCCCGCCCCCGAAGCCGAGAAGCCCGCUGAGCCAACUCCCACCACCACAGACGCAACCAAGGCCGCGGAACCCACCCCAGUUCCUGUCCCAGAGGCUACCGAGGAGGUCAAGCCAACUGAAACAGCCGCUCCUACCACCGAAGCUGCCGCCGCCAAGUAA